AUGAUGAGUCUCAUUCAGCCAUCAGUAUAUGAGAUAGAUACUCGUCAAAAUUCGGAAUUAACAGUUUUUGAUGGUUCGAAAAAAGAAGAUGCUGAUCUAGCGAAACAGUUUUGGAAUUCAGUAGUAUUACUUCCACCUGUAGAAUCGAGUCUCGUAUGUCCAGAAAUUAAUCAGCGUACAAAAGGUCGUCUAUUGAAUAGUUCACAAUCAAAGGGAAAAGCAGUAACAAAAGCAGAAAAAGAAUUAAAUGAAGCAAAAGUUCAACGAGAGAAAGAAUAUGAAGAAUUUGUACAAGCUAAAAAUACUGAAGAUGAGCAAAAGUUGAUUGAGUGUGCACGUGAUACACACAAUGAAUUAAGACAUUUAUUUUUGCAACAAGCAAAAAUUAAUCGUUUAAAGAAUGAAAAGUGGAGAAUACCAAAUAAUCGUGAAGAAAUGGAUUUAAUGAGAAAAUUAGAUCAAUUUGAUACAUUCGAAUAUGAUGAUCAAAUCGAAAAAGAUCGUCAAUUAGUAAUGAAUUUACCGGAUUAG